AUGGAUCAAUCAACUACUGAACAUCCUCAAAGUUUACCGCCUCCAAUGUCUCAUUACAUUCCUCCUUCAGUACCUCCAAGUUCUACAGUAAAUCCUCAACAACAUCAACAGCAACAAUACCAACAACCAUUUUUACCACCCAUGCCUACAGUAAAUCCACAACAACAACAACAACAACAUUUGCAACAACAAUAUCAUCAGCCUCAGCAGCAGCAACAACAACAACAUCCACAUCAACAGCAACCACCAUUUCUACCACCCAAUCCAGAACAAUCUUCACAUGUUCAAAAUCCUCCAGUUGCAGCUGCUAAUUCAUCUGAAACUGACCUAUCAGCAGCUAAUUUUAAUGCUCAACAACAACAAAUGGCAGCUAUGAUGCAAAUGCAACAACAAUGGGCUGCUGGUGGUGCUUAUGCUGCACCUUAUAUGAUGGGAUAUCCACCAAAUAUGAUGAUGAUGCAACCACAACCUGGUAUGGAUCGACCAGGAUCACGUCAAUCAUCACGUCCACCAUCUCGACAAAGUGUGACAGGACCAGUAUCAUCAUCAAGAUCUAUGGUCAAUGGACAAACAGGUGGUCAAACACAAGCAGCAUUGCCACAAGGAAUGUUACCACAACAAGGAUAUCCUGGUUAUAUGCCACCAGGAAUGUAUAAUCCAUGGUUUGAUGCAUAUUGGCAAUCAAUGUAUGCUAAUUAUCAAAAUCCAUAUAGUUUUGGAUAUAAUGAUGAAAUGAUGAAAUAUUGGAAACAAAUGUCACAAGGAGAAGAUGAUAGGUAUAGUCAUCAUUCAGCUGCUUAUUCUCAUUCAAAACAAUCUCAGCAUAGUUCAUCUAUGCAUACAUGGGGUUCAAUUGAUUCGCUAAAUGAUCCAUUUUAUCAAAAUCAUAAUGCUUUAGCUAAUGGAAAUUAUCCACCUAGACAACAACAACAACCUAAUUUAAAUCAAUCUAAGCGACCAACUAAACCAAAUACAGAUCCAAAUACACUUUUAACAACAGCAUCUAUUCCAAAUCAACAAAUACCAACAGUUGAAUCUAAAACAAAAACAGUUAAAGCACAAGAAAAUGCUGAUGAGGAGGAAGAAGAAGAAGACGAUGAUGACGACGAUGAUGAAGAUGAUGAUGAGGAUGACGAUGAUGAUGAAGACGAUUCUGAUGAUGGAAGUAGUGAUCGUUUUAGUAUAAAAUCCGAUUUAGCACAAGUUAAUGAUGAAUCAUCUAAAGCAAGACGAACUCCACUUCUUUACAUUCGACCACAUUUACGUGCUAAAUUUGUAUUUGAUCAACUUAUACAAGUUUUACCACAAUCACCCAGUGAUACAAAUCAACCGGCAACUGUUGAAAUUUUAUCUGCAAAUAGUUUACAUACAAUGGCACCUUCAUUAGUUGAAGAACGACAAUUAAUGUCCGAUUUUAUUGGUCCAUUAACUGCUUCAACAGCGAAAUCUAAUGUUAUUCGUUAUUGUGAACGUCAAUCCCAAUUAGCUAAUAAAGCAAUUCAUAUUAUUGAUCGAGAUGCUUUAGCAAUUCUUUGGCAAUAUAUGGCUUUACUCGUCAAAACUAAUGGAGUUAUUGACGUUCGUGUUGACAUUCCAAAAAUCCUUUGGUCAUCAAGUAAUACACCAGUUAUAGAAGAAACAUCUUCAAAUAGUAAUAAUACAUCAUUAUCACCAACAGCAUCAGAAAAUUCAUUAAGAGAAUUCCUUGCACUUGGUGAAAUUGAUACAAGUAUUAAAUUUGCUUGCGAAAAUCAAUUAUACACUCAUGCACUUAUUAUCUCUUAUUUAACUGAUAAACAAUUAUUUGAAAAAACAAUACAUAAUAUUAUAUCAAAUCUUGAUAAUGGUGAUGUAUUGAAAACAUUUUAUGAAUUAGGAGCUGGUUCAAUACCAUCAAAUGUAACAAAAGCACAUUAUGGUGAUUGGAAACGUCAUUUAGCAGUUAUAUUAGCAAAUCGUACAGAUGCAAAUGCACAAUUUGUUGAUCUUUGUGUUAAAACAAUGGGUGAUACACUUAUAACAUCUGGUCGAAUAUAUGCCGGUCAUUUUUGUUAUUUAAUUGCUAAUGUUCCAUUUGGUUCCUAUCGUAAUAAUGCCGAUAAAAUAGCUGUUAUUGGUAGUAUUCAUGCCGGUCAAUCAAAUCUUUCAUUUGCAACAAUUCCAAAUUUACAAUUAACUGAAGUUUAUGAAUAUGCAGUGCGAAGAACUUUAACAACAUUUACUCCAUUAAAAAUUUAUUAUACAUCAAAAUUAGUACUUCAUGGUUUAAAACGAGAAGCAUUAGCUUAUUGUGAAGAAAUAGGACUUACACUUAUUCGACAAGGAAAUACUUCAUUUAUUCAAUUGGUUGAUUUACAAUUAUUUAUACUUAUAGCAGAAAAAUCUCGAGCAUUUAGUCGAAAUUUUCAACUUGAUCCAACAUCAUAUAAAGAACCAACAUGGUUAAUUGAAUUAAGACGUAUUAUACAAAAUUUACUUGAUAAUACAUUUUUAAAUAAAACAAUGAGAGAUGAUUUAUUAAAUUCAUCUGCACAAGUUAAUCGAGAACAGCAUAAUGUACAACAACAACAACAACCAAUAAAUCCUCCUACUUAUACAGACAAACAAACAUCUAAUAUAAAUCGACAACCUGAACAAAUACCAACUACUGCGCCUGUAUCUUAUCAACCUCCAAUAACAAAUACAAAUACAAAUAUUCCAAAUGGUUAUGAUCCAUCCAAUCAAGUUCCAACUGAACAAUUACCCUAUCAACAUCCAACUGCCAAUAAUUAUCAAAAUACAUUACAAGUUGAUACAAAUGUGCAUUAUUCAACACAACCUCAGUCAAAUUAUUAUCCACAGCAAUACUAUCCAUCCGAGCCUCAACAACCAGAAAUAAACAAUUAUUCACAGCAACGGCAACCACCACAACAACAUCCGACUCAAUCAGAUCAUUUAAAUAUACCAUCUCAAGUUCCUUCAACAAAUCAACAAUUUUAUCAAUCACCUGUUGAGCAUACACAAUACAUUCAACCAGGUUUAACAAGUACACCUAAUCCUCAUCCAUCUCAACAACCACCACAACAACAACAAUGGUAUCCAUCCGGACAAGUUGAAUCUCGAGAUCGUUUACCAUCGAAUGAGCAACAACAGCAACAAAAAAUGGAAUCGAUGAGGCGUCGUUCAUCGAUCAUAACAUUUAAUGAUUCUAAUAAUAUGCCGCCAACAAAUUGGCAGCAAAUGUCUACAGCAGAUAAUAGAAAAGCAUCUUCAACAUCAACACAUUCAAAUAUGAGUAAUAAAAGUACAAGUAAUACUGUUGAUACGACUAAUUUUGGUUAUCAACCACCACAAUUAAUGUCUUAUACCACGAAUCAACCUCCAUCAAUAACUGAGGAAUCUCCACAACAACAACCACAAACAAAUGGACAAACUAAAAAGAAACAUGCUAUUUUUGAUGAUAGUGAUGAUGUUUUUCCUAAUAAUGCACAAAAAUCAUCGGAUUCAAAAGCAAAUGCAACUGCAGCAAGUCAAGCAGCUGCAGCCACACAAAAAAGUGGUUUAUUCGGAACUAUUAUGAAUCGUAUUGGUUUGAAACGACCAACACAAGCACAUUUACCUGAUGAUAAAAAUAAAACAUUUAAAUUUGAUGAAAAAACAGGUACAUGGAUUGAUACAUCAAAACCAGCUGGCGAACAAACAUCUUCACAAAUUGCACCACCUCCGAUGAUACCAUCAAAAACACCGUCAACAUCAUUUGUAACUAAUCCACAACAACCAACAGCAUCAUCAUUUAAUCCUUCAAUGCCACCAGGUCCUCCUCAACCAUCAUCAACACUUAAUUCUACAAUACCAUCUGCAUCUUCUCAACCUCGAACAUUAAGUUUUGCUGCUGGAUCUACUACAACAACAACAACUGCCAAUACAAUGCCACCUCAAGCAGCACCUACUGCUUGGCAACCACAACCGAAUACAAAUACUGUGCCUCAAAACGUGCAACCUUUAAAUCAAUCACAACCACCACAACAACAACAAAAAGCACCUGCACAGUUAUCAGCUGCUCAACAACGUCUUCAAGCAAUAAGACAACAACAACAACAACAAGCAGCUACACAACAAGCUCCGCCAGCUACUUCAUCUAAUCAAUAUUCUCUUAAGAAUCGACAGACUCAAUCACGAUAUGUUGAUGUACUUGCUUCAACUAAAGGUGCUGUCGCGUCAAAUCCUAAUGUUUCUCUUGAUAAUCUUAUGCCAACACCUUCAUCUGGUAUGCCUACAUAUACACCAUCAAAUCAACCAAAUAAUUAUUUUGUACCAGGUCCCAUACCAUCAACAACAGACAGUAAUGAACAAUCAUCAUCUUGA